CUUGUCUGUCAAUUCUAGACUCGGAUUAAUUUUUGUUAAUUUAAGUUAAUUUAGCAUACUAAUUUAUUUAUUUAUUUAUUAGAAAUCCUGAACCCCUGAAAAAAAUAGUAUCGAACUAUACUCUACAACAAAAAUCCACUUUCACCAUUUUUGAAUGCAUUUUUCUACACAAACAGAUAAACCCAACAACAUAAAUGGAUUUAAUUACUUUGAAUUUAAACCUUUCUUUGAUUUCUUCAACGAAUUCGAAUCACCCAGUAAACAACAAGGAUAAGCUACUUCUUGGUUUUUGCAAUUACCCUAUACACUUUUAUUACCUUAGGAACAAAUCUUGUUCUUCAAUUGCAAUCACAUACGCAAAGAAGAAGAAGAAUUCCCCGCCUGAGUUUUCAGCUUUUCAACCAACUAUUAUUGAAGAAGUAAUUCAAAGUGAUGAUGAUGAUGAAGAUUUUGAAGAUUUAGGAGAUGAUGAACUCUUAAUCACCGAUGAUUUUGAUGAUGAGGAAUUCAUAGAUGAUGACGAGGAUUACUUCGAUGAUGAAUAUGCAAAGGAGAACGCUGAAGUUUAUGCGGGAGAUGGUGCUGAAGGGGGUGGUAUAUCACUUGCCGGUACAUGGUGGGAUAAGGAAGCAUUAGCAAUAGCCGAAAAAGUGACUAAAUCCUUUGAUGGUGACUUGGGAAUUUAUGCCUUCAGAACCCUAGCAAAUGCGAGAAUCCAAGUUCGUAUCGAGAAGAUUUCUACCAAGUCUGGUUCUCCGAGCAUAUCUGACAUUGAAGCGUUCUCUACAGCAUACAGGGCUCAGUUAGAUGAAGCAGAAGUAGCUAAAACUAUACCUGAGAAUAUCUAUCUAGAGGUGUCGUCUCCUGGUGUUGAGAGAGUCAUUCGCAUUCCAGAGGAACUCGACAGGUUCAAAGAGAGGAAUAUAUAUGUCAAAUACCUCGAUGAAAGUGCCAGCUCAGCUAGUGAGAACGAUGGUGUUUUCAGGCUAGUUUCUCUUGAUCUGGAAACUAAAUGUUGUACUUGGGGUUUAGCUGAUGUGAGAAUUAAUAGAGAAAAAGCAGGAAAAGGAAGACCGAUGAGUAAAAAACAGCGCGAAUUGCGGGUAACAACUCCGUUCGAUUCGAUUCGUUUAGCUCGGUUGUACUCCGAAAUAUGAUAUGGUUAUAUUUAACUACAUACAUUUGAUGUUGAAUUUGUAGAGAUUUUGGUGCCCUUGCUACUCGAACAUUCUUUCGAUAUAGCACUGGUUGUUGUAAAUCAUAAAAUGUAGCUUAAGUUAUGAGGUUUUUCCGAGUCAUAAUGAUUUGUUUACCUGUAACUUUGUA